AUGAACAUGAACAUGAUCUCAGUUGGCCCCUCUGCCCCCUCUGCCCCCUCUGCCCCCACUCCAUCCUUGGUCAAGUUGGCGCUCAAGAUGGCCGCCUAUUUAUAUCCGAUUGGACUGGGUUUUGCCAAGCCAGACACAAAGGAGUCUGCCUGCGAGAAAAGGCAACCUGGCAAUCUCCCGGGUGAUGGAGGAUGGUGGUCAUCUCCCCACCUGUGGACUCAAUGGGCUUGCUAA